GUUCCCGGAGCUUCGUGCGCGAGGCAGGCGCCGCUGCGGCUCAACCUCCCCUUCAAAGAAGAGAGUCGCGAGCUGCGCUCAUUGACUUCACAACCUCAAGGUAGAUGCGCGUGCUUGUUGGGCAGCACGUAAGUCCUGUCUAACUGGAACUUAUUUAUUACACUAUUUCUACCCCGCCCUUUUCCCAAGUGUGCAUUUUUAUUGCAGUCUUGGCGAUAAUAUACCGAGAUUGUGCUGGCCUCCGAAACAGGGCUCUAAUAGGACUCUCGUAACUGGCACAAAUAAUGGUCGGCGCUUUGUAACUUUCUGCGACACCUUUGAGGUGUCUGUUGCUGACGCGCAGGUCCCGCCGAGGCUUUCAUCUCGUUCCAGCCGGUUUCCUCAGGCUUCGAAAGAAAACACCUUCGGGAGGCAUAAAUAUUGUAUCGUUCUCCUCGUGCGGCCGGCCAAAGAAGCAGCAAGGGAGGAGGCUCCGUCGUCGCGAGGUCCGGAGGGAGGGCGGGUGAGUUCGUCCUGCCCUCAAGGAAGGCCAACGUCUGUGUUUAUUAUUGGCGCUCCGGGCACCGCUCUCCUCGGCCCCAGAGAGCAAAGAGUGAAUGAAGAGCAGCGGCGAGAGCCUGCCAGGAUCGAAAUAGGCUGCGGCGGGGGCGCGAGGGAAGGCGCGCGCGUGCGCGGUGCCAAAGAAACUCCGUCUCGCGCCCACUGGAAUCGGACCAAGCCCCGUCCCUCAGUCCCUCCUUCGCAACUUCAUUCAGAAGCAACGCUGAGGAGAAGCCAUGGAGACGACGGGGCUUCAGCGCGGCGGAAGGAGAAUGAAGGCUCGUGCCCCUCCUCCACCAAACCAUCCUCCCACGCCCUGUAAAGUUAAUAAUGAACAUAAUUUAAGCGCAGAACUGGGAAAAUUGCCUAAUCAGAGUGUGAUAGAUAUGAAGGAAAAUCUGAUUAAAAGGACAGUUGACUUCACAGUAAUUUUUCCAGAUGGAGAAGAACAGAAAGAAACUGUGCCUGGAAGUAAAGCUGUGAUGGACCUGUUAGUUGACCUGUGCAGCCAGCACCACUUAAAUCCAGCCCACCACAUUCUUGAACUGCAGUCUUGGGAGACCCAAUACCCUUUGAAUUAUAAGCCAAAUACUAUGAUAGGGAUAUUGGAUGUACAGAAGAUAGUUCUGAAGGAGAAGGUUCCAGAGGAAAAGUUCAAGCAGCCAGCACUUAAGAUUCCUGAGAAAACUGUGCGGUUGGUAGUAAAUUAUCUCAAGACGCAAAAGGCAGUAGUUCGAGUGAAUCCAGAGGUGCCUCUUCACUAUAUAAUCCCAGCCAUUUGUGAAAAGUGUGAAGUCAGUCAAGAACACCUUGUCCUCUUAAGGGAUACCUUCACCGGAGAAGAGUUGGAACUUACAAAGUCAUUGAAUGAACUGGGGAUAAAGGAGCUCUAUGCAUGGGACAGGAAAAAAGUUCUUCCAACACGAGCCCAGUCUGAACCUUCUCUGAACUAUAGAGAAAGAAGGCAUUUUUCAACAACCGGUGAAAUAACAGAAAAAGAAAAAAAUAGAUUUCUGGGAUUUUUCAAGACAAAUAAAAGGAAUAAUAAGGCAGAAGAGAACUUGACAGUAAUGAUGGAUUGGGAUUAUGGCAGUGAAGAACCUUUGAAAGCCACAGCAGCAAGUGAACAGAGUCUUGAUGAGGCUAUCACAGUUCUUCAUUCUUCUUCAGUGAGUUCGUAUUCUGUUCCAUUGGGACCAUCACUGUCUGUUGGGAACGUCUCAGCAGUGACUGGAAGCACUGAAAUAAAAAAGCGAAGAGCACCUCCUCCACCAGCAAUUCUUUCUCAGCUGCCAAGUGUGGAGACAAAUAGAGAUGAAAAUAAUCUUAGUCAACAGAUGUCCCAAAGCUCAUCACAAAAUGGUUUACAGAAGAAAAAAAGGCGUGCUCCUCCUCCACCAAUUCCUCCAAUGCCAAACAGGAUGGAAGACCAGAGGAAAAGCACAGUUGGUCAUGGACGGCCUGUGCCACAAAAGCCUCCUAGAGGCAACACACGUGAUCCACCCCAAUUAGUGAUCCCCCCACCCCCACCAUACCCUCCUCUUGACAGAGAUUCUAUGGGAUCAACUAUACUGUACAGUGAAGCAGAUGUUUCAGAUCCAAUCAAGCUGGUACCUAAACACAACCUACAGGCUUCAUAUGAUAUUCAGAGCAUGGACAACAUAGUUCUGGAGCUCUCAGAAACAGAUGAGACCAUCUCUGUAAACAGCUGUUUUGCUUCAGAGGAUAGCACAGAAGAUUCAGAUGUAACGAGUUCCCCUUCUGAUAUUUUAUCAUUGAAUUCUCAAAAUGGCAGCAUAAGUUCAAGAAGCAAGUCGGUUGAUGCCCAGGAGACUGAAAUGAUUCCAGUGCUUGUUCCCGAGGUUUGCAGUAUGAUGGAUGAUUCUUUCAACAGUGAUCAUUCUGAGAACAUUUACCAAAGAGACAGGUGUGUCAUCGAAGUAAUAGACACUAAGGUUGAGGAUUCAGAUACAUCUAUUGCUGCUCGACUGGAAGACACCUUGGCUGAAUUGGACAAAGAUCUUGCAGCAAUAGAAGAUAUGCAUGACACUUCAGAAAAUGAAUCUUUGUCUUGUGCACCCAUCCCUCUUUCACAAGCUGCUGAGACUGCCCAAGAUGUUUUACUUCCUGUGCCAGUGACAAUCAUAGAUGAAAUUCCAGAAGCUGAUAUCAAAAUUCAGCCCAGCAGAGAGGAAGAAAGGUGUUUGUUUUCCAUGGGAGAGGCUAAUGAAGAUAUUUCAGUUCAAUCGAUUUGUCUUGGUGAAGAGACCAAUGAAAAUAAUAACAGUGGAUCUUUCACUGAAGGAAAUGUAGAUCACGUGUCUCCCUGUUUAUGUGAGGAUUUAUUACCGCAGCAGUCUCCUAAAGAAGACGUUAGGCACCAGACGGAAAAGGAACAGAAAUAUGACUCUGAUAUAUAUGUAUCCUCAUGUAAAGAAAAGAACAACCAUUCAUGCCAAGAAGUCAUGUCACAAAAUGAAACUAAUUCUGAAGAAUCAAAAUCUAAGGUGAUUGCUUCUAGCCUUGGGUUUAUGAACAAACUUUAUGAACAAAGAUCAAAAGAGGAUGUAAGGCUCUUAAAUAAGGAGAAUACCCAUGAAGAGCUUCCAAGCAAAAUGAAAAUUGAUCUGGAAUUCAGGCAUGCAUCAGAAAAAAAAUUCAACAAGAAAGAAGCUUCCAUAUUGCCAUCUAUAUGGUGCCAUCGUAUAGACAAUGGACUCCCAGACUAUGAACCUAAAAUUGGCCUGACAACCUUUAAAGUUAUUCCUCCCAAACCUGAUGUAAAAUAUUUUGAUCGAGAUGUAUCCCUUUCCACUGGUGCCAUUAAAAUAGAUGAGUUAGGCAACCUAGUGACUCCAAAUGCUGUUGAUACUGGAAAAGUAACAGGAAAUAAGACUUCAAAUGAUUCACAAGAUACUCUAAUUAGGACAGCCAACACGCCUUGGAAGUCAAAUUCGAUGAAAAAGCAAUUGGAAGAGUUCCCAGUAGAUCAUUCUACUAAACCAGUGGUCAUCAACCAUUCUAAACCUUUCAAUAAGAUAUCAAACACUAAUCUUGACUGCCUUAUAAGUAUGAAAAGGACAAUAUCAUCACCAUUUGAUUCUACGGCAGUUAAAAAUAAUACAGAGCCUGAAAAAACAAAGCCACCUGUUAUUGCCACAGAAUCUUCUGUAAAAACUGUAAGGGAUCCAGUGCUUAGCACAGAUAAGACAGUGCUUCGGCUUCAAAAGCCCCAAAGAAGAACAUCAAGCCAUUACCUAGCUUCCAUAAUUGCAAAAUACAUUGAUUCGUCCCAGUUUGAAACUAACCAAGAAAGGCAUAGCAAAGGAGAAGAGACUAGUAAUGAAAAGGGGAUAGAACAAGUUCCCCAAAAAUGUAUAAAUGUGCCCAGAUGCUAUUCAGUGGAAACACAGUCAGCAAAAGUUGAGGAAACUUAUUCAAGCUGCAGAAAAACUGUAUCAAAUGUGGUACCACUUGGAGUCCAUUCUAGGAUAUCAAAUAACACAAUUAAUAUCAAAUUACCAUAUCAGACCAAAUCUUCUAAUUGCUACAGCGCACCAAGUUCUACAACAUUGUCUAAAAAUAGUAGCAUCCCUGAAAAGGAACCCAUUUCUGGUUCUAUGCAAAAGGCAAUUAUUAGACAAAUUCCUCCUGUAUUAAAUAAGAAGAAGGAAAAGACUGAUCAAGCAAGUCCUCCGUUUUUCCGUAGAUCAUCUGAUGUUCCCUCAUCAUCCAUGAAGCCAACUUUGGAGCAUCCUUUUAUCACUGGAUCAUCAGCAUCACUUGACACACUUACAGUUAGUCAUAUGAUUUCAAAUAAAAAUGAGAAACAUGGUGAUUCAUGUACAAGGAAUGAACCGGAGUUUAAUAAUGACAUCACAUACGAUGUUUUUGGCCCAAAGAAAAAGUUUAAGCCAGUCAUCCAGAAGCCAGUUCCAAAAGAUAUGUCACUACAUAGUGCUUUAAUGGAAGCCAUUCAGACUGCUGGAGGGAGAGAAAAGCUUCGAAAGAGUUCACCCAGUACAAGAAGUGGAACUCAGAAGAAACCAUUGUUCAUAGAACCAGAAAAUGAGCGCUCCUCCCUUCUGGUAGCCAUCAGACAGCACAAUGGAAUCUCAGGGUUGAGAAAGAGCUCCUCAUCUGCUUCUGAGGAGCUGCAGAGUUUCCACAAUGCAGAAAUAUUACUGCAAAAUGAAAAAGCUUCUAUACCAGAGCCACAGUGUAAUCAAUUGCCACUUCCUCCGAAAAGACAUACAACAACCCAAUUGCCACUUCCUCCACCACAAUCUUCUCUUCAGUUAACAAAGAAAAUUCCCAAGUCCUUUACAAAUGAAAUGACAAAAAACACAGAGGAUACAAGACAGGCCUUAAUGGAAGCAAUCCGUUCAGGUGCUGGGGCAGCACGUUUAAGAAAGGUUCCUCUGCUUGUUUGAACUCUAGAUACUCCAGUUAUCAAUUUCUUUUGCAACAUCAUACACGUAAUUAUUGGCUGGAAUAUAAAUUCAUGGUGAAACAUCUCUAAGGAGAAUAUAUUCAUCCUUUUGUGGCCAAAAACCAGUUGUAUUUGUGAGUAACUGUCGUAUUCUUAAAAUGAUUCACAGGGCGCUACAUGGUUUCUGCAUCAAGGAUUUGGGGUUUGCCUGCCUCCAAAUAUUUAAAACUGUGCCAAUAAAACUAUCCUUCCUGACAAGUUAAAAAUCAAGCACUUGUUGCUCUAUAUUGGAAGGACAGCAUUUUAUUCAUAACCAACUUAAAACGUGACUAUUCUGAGCUGUUUAGUUGAAUCUUACUUUUCUUCUGAAAUACAAAAUUAUAAAAAUCUCCAAAUGUAGACUAUAGAGUUAUAAACAUUAAUAGCAAGAAAAAAGAAAUUAUGGUAGAUUAUUUCAGCGUUACAUUACCAUAUACUGAUGUCAUUAUUUUUACAGCCAAAACAGGUUUGUUAUCUUUGACAUUUUAGCCAAGCAAUCAAUGGAGAUUUAGAAAGGGGAAAAUCCUUUUGAUGUUCUUUUCCAGGGGAUGUAACACAUCGAAUUGUAGUAUCUACAAAUAAACUGGACUUCAAGGAGAAAUUGUGGUAGCAUUUAUAUUUAUGGCACAGAACUUUUGCAGACAAAGCCUGUUGAAAUAAAAGGGGCUUACAGAGCACAGCCAUGCUUUUGCACAUUUUCAGUUCUUUUUAAUAGAACUUCCACAAGAAAUCAUCCUCCUGGGUUGUGCGCCAAGCCAGAAAUGCGGUUUAAAGUACUGUUUACAUUCCUUGUAGGGACUGUUGGUUGCUUUGUAUUUCAGCCUGUUGCCGUUCAUUUAAAAUCAUCAUCUCAACUCAGUUCUCAUCGCUCCACAGAUAAUGUAUAUAUUUUAAACAUUUUGUUAAAAGAAGAAUAACAUAAUUAAAACAAAUGUUUUCUUUCACAUUUAUCUAUGUUGAAAAGCUCUUAAACUGCACCUUUCUCUAUAUAUUUAUUUGGAGCACUAAGCAUUAAAGCAUUAAAGCACAGUUCAAAAUAAUAUUUGAUGGGUUACUGCUUAGUAUUUUUGAAGGUACUAAGUGAUAUUACUAACCUUUUAAAGUACACCAUUAACUAUCUGAAAAUCAGUGAUUUUAUAUUAAUGUGAAGUACUAAUUUAAUUUAAUGCCACCAAUAAACAAGGUCCUCUUCGCCUCAACUUUGUACAAAUGAGAUUAAACAAUAGAAGUAAGUUGUGUUGUGUUUGUUGUUCAUUCCACCAACGCACCUUGUUUUCCAGGUUUUUGUAAUGUUGCAGGAAAACCUUCCCAUAAUUUUUUAAAUAAGGGACAACGGUAAAAUAAAAGAACUGAAUAAAUA